UAGAGGAGUCACUCCUCCAUGGGCUGGAUCUGGAUGCUGAUGUGCUGCCGAUCAAACUCUCCAACACUAGAACUUUCUCUCAACAACAAAAGAUUUACUGAGGCCGAGCGGGUUAACAUGCUUCACCCGUGAGCACCCGACUCUCACUUCCCCUUCAUUUCUAUUUAUUUGUCAGAUUGACUCAACAGGUGACUUCGUGAUGCCGAGCCAGACUCUGCGCCCGCGCCUCUGCGUCCUGGAGAAGAGCGAGAACGGGUACGGCUUCCACCUGCACGGAGAGAAGGGCAAGAGCGGUCAGUUCAUCCGCCUGGUGGAGCCCGACUCCCCCGCCGAGCUGUCCGGUCUGCGCGCGGGCGACAGACUGGUGUUCGUCAACGGAGAGCGCGUGGAGAGCGACAGCCACCGGCAGGUCGUGGAGAGGAUACGCGCGAGCCCCGCGAGCCUGGAGCUCGUAGUGGUGGACGCCGAAACCGACCAGCUGCUGAAGAAACACGAGCUCAAGUGCUUGAAGGAGUUUGUCGCGGAGGGCAUCCCGGUGCCCGAGUGCGGUGAUGAUGAUGAGAUCAGCGACGAGAUGAUGCGGGACGACACGCCGCCGCCACCGGAGAGGAACCGAGACAUCAUCCCCGUUCACAUUCCCGCGGUGGAGAAACUCAGGACAUCCGUGAGCUCGGAGACGGACCUGAAGACCCAGCUCAGACCCCGGCUAUGUGUCAUCGAGAAAGGCCCCAAUGGCUUCGGCUUUAACCUGCACAGUGAGAAGUCCAGACCCGGCCAGUACAUCAGCGCUAUAGAUGACGACUCUCCAGCACAGAGAUCCGGCCUGAGGCCCAAAGACAGGAUCAUACAGGUCAGCGGGGUUUCGGUGGAGGGGAAGCAGCACGCUGAGGUGGUGGCCGCUAUUAAAGCCGGGGGUGACAGCACGACACUCUUGGUCGUAGAUCCAGACACCGAUGCUUUCUUCAAGAAGUGUCGAGUGACGCCCACUGCAGAACACCUCACAGGAGCGCUGCCUGAACCUGUGGUCAACGGAGACAUGGAGGACAAGGUUAACGGAAAUGUGGCCAAAGAGGUGGAGCUGAAGGACUCGAAGAUAUCAAUCAGUCCGUCUCCAUCCAACGCAUCCUCCACCGCCUCCCUCACGACUCCGCCCACUGGGACUCCGCCCCCUGAGACUCUGGAGCCGUCCAUCAUAGCUGCCAUCCCAGAGCUCAAUCUGUCCCUGCAGCAGGUGAAAGAGCGCGCCCACCAGAAACGCUCCAGUAAGAGAGCUCCCCCCAUGGACUGGAACAAGAAAAAUGAACUCUUCAGUAACCUAUAGACCUCCGAUCAUCCAUCCGUCAGCUCUGUUUAAGACUUGAUAAAACAGAGCAGAUCGUAUAAUGAAGUUAAAGUCAUCAAUGAAGUAGGCUCAAUAUGAAGUAUGCACAGUGUGUAUAUGUACACACAGAUUUAUAUCUAUAUGAAUUAUGUAUAUGAAUUACUAACAGAUUAUAUUAGGCUGCAUCUGCUGUGGGGAAAAUGCAAUGUAACAUUCUACAACUGUGAUGUAUUUCAAUCAUUGGCUGUGUUCAGAAUGGAGUACUAACUUACUGUAAUAUUACUGCUCACUGUAUAGAGUCAAGUGAAACACAAGCAGGAAUGCUGUUGUGCAUACAGUGCUAUUCUAUACUGUCGUCACAUAAAAAUUACUUUGCAUGUUUAAUUUAACGAGCAGCAUAUCAGUUAUCAUCAAAUUAAUUCAGUUUUGUGUAAAUAUGUCAUGUUUUUUUUUGUUGAAGUUUGGCAGUUUGAUUAAACAGCAGGUAAAAGCUCACGCCUGUAGUUUCAGUUCAUUCAAAAUGGAAAGCCAGGUCACACUGCAUUGUGGGAUACAUUACUUCAGCAUCUUAACAAACUGUGUACAAUAUUCAUUAUAUAGUAAUAUUAUGUUAGUAUGCUAUUGCCUAUUCUGAACAGAGCCAUGCGACAGAACCUAAUCGAGCUUGUUUGUCAUUGAGCAGAUUUGAUUCUGCUGUGUUUGUGCAUUCAUUCAAGGAGUUUUGGUUCUAGCUGGAUUUCUGACUGAUUUUGUGUAAGCAGCGAAUUUCUUGACCACUUCUGUUGAGAAUCGUUUCAUUGUUUUAUAAUGAAGGACCACAUGAAGAGUGGAUAGAAGUGAAUCCUGCACUCCUGACUAUCAGCCGAUUUUAAAUGACUGAACGUGUGUAGAAAUCAGACUUUCUGUUAAAAACAGAUAUGGUGGUGCCCAAAAGUCUGAGAUUUCCACACUGAAAUCUAAUCCGCAAUGAAUUCCUGGUUUUCUGAGACACCUUCUAUAUAUAUUUUUCUAUGUAGUUCUUGGGUUGAGCACUUACGUUUUGACAUGCCUUCCAUAAUCUGCACUUCUGAUCACUGCAGUGUCAUGUCCUACAUUAUAUGUGUGCACAAGUGAAUGUUAUUUCUAUAUUUAAAAACACAUUUUGUUAAGAAAAAAAAAUAUUUUCACUUUU